AUGACUGAGACACGGCCAGGCCAGGUCGAAGAUUCAAAUUCUUUGGAAACAAACCAACAAGAUGCAACUAAGCAGAAGAGCCGGAAGCCUGCAAACACUGCAUUUCGUCAGCAACGAUUAAAAGCAUGGCAACCUAUCCUUACGCCUAAAACUGUUCUACCACUUUUUUUCGCCAUCGGAUUAAUAUUUGGGCCCAUCGGCGGGGGGCUAUUAUACGCAAGUUCACAGGUUCAGGAAAUUAUCCUCGAUUACUCAAGGUGUUUUCUUGAUGCGCCAGAAUACCCUGAUACUAGCAUCAUGCCUUCGAACCUUGUCGAGUCUCAUUUCAACAAAAAUUCCUCUAGCGUUCAAGGAUCUGCACCAUCCUGGAGUCGUCAAAAUAUAGAAUACACUUAUGCACCUGGUGUUGUUGUACCCACCAUUCAAUGUACACUCAACUUUUCUAUUCCUAGCUCUAUGGAGCCACCCGUACUCUUCUAUUACAAGCUCACCAAAUUCUACCAGAACCAUCGACGUUAUGCGAAAUCGUUCAAUGCCGAUCAACUAGCUGGAAAGGCUGUUUCACACACUGAAAUUGGCAGUAGUGACUGUACACCUCUCACUACAGGACCUGGUAGCGAUGCCCAUAAAGCAUACUAUCCUUGCGGCCUUGCCGCCAAUUCUGUUUUCAACGACACUUUUUAUUCACCUGUGCUAUUGAAUGUUCCUGGGGCUUCAGAGACAAAUGAAACUUACUUUUUUGAGAAAAAUAAGGGAAUUUCUUGGGAUAGCGAUAAACAACUGUAUGGAGAGAGUGAAUAUGCAAAGGACUGGUCGCAGGUUCUUGUCCCACCUAAUUGGGUACUGCGUUAUCCAAACAACUACACUGAUGACAACCACCCAAACCUGAAGGAAGACGAAGCCUUCCAGGUCUGGAUGCGCUUAGCUGGAUUGCCGACUUUCAGUAAGCUUGCCCAAAGGAAUGACACACAUGUUAUGAAAACUGGGACUUACUCGAUAAAAGUUGAUCACCACUUCAACGUAAUUGAUUAUGGAGGCACAAAAUCUAUUAUUAUAUCCACACGGACUGUUUUAGGAGGUCGUAAUCCUUUUCUUGGAAUCGCUUACGUUGCAGUUAGUGCUAUUUGUAUUAUACUCGGUACACUCUUUACCAUUAGCCACCUCAUACGUCCACGAAAGCUCGGUGAUCAUACUUAUUUGUCAUGGAACAAUGAACAACCAAACACAACAUUAGGUAAAAGGAGAGACGGUAAUGAAUGA